UUUCACGUAGGUCAACAUCUAUUUUCAGCUGACGAUUUUCGUGUUGCACGGCAAAAGAAUAAAUUUUAAAGUGGAGUUUAAUUGUAAAAAUAGUUUGUAUUCGGUGGAAAUUCUUGUUGAACAUUAUUCGUGGGUGCAAUGGAGCCAUUUACCUGUUUCAUGGCAAGUGGAUUUGAAUUUCGAUCGUACAUCGAUGAACUGUACUCGAAUGACUACCAAAAAUGUCAGGAAGCAAUGAUCUGCCUCAAGAAUGCCGUGAUCGGGAGCAAUAAACAGAAGGCAUCUGUUGUGUCGCAGGGUAUCGUCCCAAGGCUCAUAACUCUCCUUACGGAUGAAACAGUUCCGUUGGAGCUGCGCUGUGAUGCUGGAAUUGUUAUUGGUUCUCUGGCAAAGGGUGCCAAUGAUCAAGUCCGGCAGCUGAUCCUCUAUGGCACAAUUCAUGUCCUUCUGCAGCUCAUAAUGAAGAAGAAUAGCGAAAAGCAGCUCGUUGAGAUCUGCCUGCGUGCACUGAGGUCCAUCUAUCAGUAUCGCUAUGCCCCUACGGAUGUCUUGCACUCCAACAAUGGAACACUUACCUAUCUUAUAGCAGAUCUAGCAUCGCCAAGUAGCUCUAUUGAGUGCCAAUCGUGCAUAGCCAACAUCCUCGUACCCAUCUGCCAUUCCUACAUUGAGCAGAUGCUCCUGUGUCAGGCUGGGGCCAUACCCCUCCUGGCACGCUUAAUCACCUCCAAUCAUUUGGUGCUGCAGACACCGGCGCUAAAGUGCCUGGCAUCGAUGUGCUUCACCAAUAGAGCCGUAUCGGACAUUGUGUGCUCCACGAAUUACGACGAUGAAAUGAUUCCGGACAUUCUGACGCGACUAACGUCACGUUCGCAGCCUGUUGAGGUGCAGCUCACGGCUGCACGGUGUCUCACGUACCUCCAUCGUUCGGGUUCUCUUGGCUCUAACGAUCCGAGGAUUGAAUUCAAGACCCUACCCUGCCUGGCGAGGCUCUGCACGGAGGAAUUUGACGAGGAUACACGUGCAACAGCUGCUGAAACUCUUGCCUAUCUAGCUGAGAUUGAUUCAGAUCUCCAACGAUUGGCAGCCAUUAGCAAUCAUUUGAUAAAUUCCCUCAAUUCCCUGCUUCAGUGCACGUCAGCCUUGCCACGGCAGGGUGCUUUUCGAUGUUUCGCCUCAUUGGGUGCCAAUGACGAGGACAUCCGGAAGCGAAUAAUUGAAAUGGAUGGGCUAAUGGAAGAAGUUCUAGCGGGUCUUGGGGAUCACUGUCCGGAAGUUCGCCUGGCGGCUGUGCGGUGUCUUCAUUCACUCUCGCGUUCGGUGCAGCAGUUACGAACAACGUUUCAGGAUCAUUCUGUGUGGCGACCCCUGAUGGCUCUCCUCACGGGGCAGCCAACAAAUGAACUUUUGACCGUUGUCACGUCAACAAUCUGCAAUCUCUUACUGGAAUUUUCACCCGCAAAGGAGCCAAUGCUGGAGUCUGGUGCCGUGGAGAUGCUGUGCGAGCUAACGCGCAAUCAGGACCCGGCGCUACGACUAAACGGCAGUUGGGCCCUCAUGAAUAUGGCCUUCCAGGCGGAACAGCAUGUGAAGACGAAGAUAAUCAAUACCCUCGGCACUGAUAGGAUUUUCCAAUUGCUCGCAGACUCAGAUACGCGUGUCAUCAUGAAAACGCUGGGUUUGCUGCGGAAUCUCCUCAGCAAUACCCUUCACAUUGACAGCAUAAUGUCGGAGCAUUCGGAAAAGGUGAUGCAGGCCGUCAAUUUAGUGUUGGACUCGCAGCAUCCGAGUGAGGUGAAGGAGCAGGCGCUGUGCAUUAUUGGGAAUAUUGGGGCGGGUGCACAGGCAACGGACUACGUGAUGGAGGAUGAGAAUACCCUGCGGAAGUUGGGGGAAUUUCUCACGAAUAAAGAUACAAAACUCCAGGCGGGAGCGAGAUUUGCCAUUGGUAAUCUCAUCCGGAAGAAUGACAUCACCGCCCCAGCGAGGCGCAAUAGACUGAAGGAAUUGGGAAUACUCAGCCGGUUAGAGGAGUCACGGCGGCAGGAACUCUUCGGGACGCACGUCUACGAUGAGAUAACUUCCUUGAUCCGGGAGUUUGACUACAUGACGUGAUGCGGCGGUAGCAUGAGAUGGCCGCUCUGGGGUUUCUACAUGGAUAAGGCAAAGAAUCAAUCGAAAUCAUCUUCCUGCAAGUAUCAUUUAUUACUUCACCUGUUUAUUAUUGUAAACAUAUUUUUAAUUUUUUUUAUUAUCUAGUCAUGCACACACACCCACACACAAACACAAAUCUAUCAUUUUUUCGUGUUUUUCAUCGCUCAUCUUCCCAAACAAAAAGUCAUCUUAAAGAAAUUGAUCCAAAUUUAAAAAAAUCAUUCAUUGCAAAAUUCUUGUUGAAUAAAAAAAAAGAAAAAAGUUCAAAUUUUCACGCAAUUAUAUUAUACAAAAAAUAUAUAUUUUGGGAUUAGGAAAAAAAUUAAAUAAAUAAAUAUUUUGAAGAGGUUCUAACAACAAAGAUUUAAAAAAAAAUGAGGAACCUCCUUGUAAUUCGGAUAUGAUUAAAAAGUAAAAGGAAAAAAGUCCUUAAAUGUUUAUUGUUAAAAAAGAAUGGGAAGUUCCCUAAAAUUUUCGUGACUGUUUUUUAUUAGAGUUUAUUGAGAAAGAAUAAGAUUAGAAAAUCUUUUGAGUUUUAACCCUUUUCAAGCACACCAUUUCUUCUCUAUUUUUUUUUCGUUCUCAAAAUACACACUUUCUUUAAUUUUUCUUAAAGAACAAAUUACUAUGAAUUGUUUUCUCUUAUAUAUUUUCUCGAAAAAAAAGCAACGUCUUCUUUUCCUCUCAAAAAUAACAAUAAAAUAAAGAAAAAAAUGAAAAGAAAAUACAUUAUGUGAAGAAAAUGACAUAAAAAUCAAUAUUUUAAAUAAUAUAAAAAAGAAAUGAAUAAAAAACCAUAGAAUAAAAUAUAAUCUUAAAAAUAAA